AUGUCUGCAUCGAUAGCCAGGUCGACGGCGAAUCGCGCAUUACACCUACGCAUCACGCCCCGUCCAUCGAACUUGGGCGAGUCGCGAGAGAUUCUGCAGCUGCUAUCUGGAUUCGGCGAGAUUGAGUACUUUAAGAACCUCAAGUAUGAUACUUUGACACAUCCCAACAUCGCCCUGGUCAUCUUCAAGGAGGAAGCAGCUGCAACCCAUUGCUCAAAGAAGGCCCCAAUUCGCUUUCGAAUGGGCAAGGCUGUAGGGAACGACGGCAUAUACGACAAUGAGCCUGCUUUGAGCAACAGCAAUGCCUCGUCAGAGUCACAAGAAGUAGCCCGACCUCCUCGUAUAAAGCCCUCACCACCUUCGAAUGCGCCCUUUGGCUUGAGUCAGACUCGCUCCAUGUCGACUGCAUCCUAUCAGCCAACAAUACCCGAGCCACCCCCACGAGCACCUGUGCGACCCUUCGAUCCUCCCAAGCCGACCAUGCUAGAACCACGCCUCUUCCAGAUUCAGACCAGCACUGCUCGCAGCAACUUCCGCGAUCAGAUCAACAUGGGCGGAUACCAUGGCAACUUCUCCUUGGACAACAAGAGCAUGGCCCAGAGAGAUUUGCAGAAGUCAGUACCAGUGCCUGGAAUGAGCUGUGUCAACUGGCGCCCAGAUGCUCGACCAUGGCGACUCAUGCAGAGGGAGAAGGAGCAGGAACAGAAAGCGAAGACGUUGUGGCAGCUGCACAAGGAAGGACCCGAGGGAGCAGCUACCUUCAGGGACGAGUCACUGCCGGGCUGA